AUGCGUUAUCAUUCUUCAUUCCUCGCUUUUUCCCUCCUCACCUCAACCACAGCUCUCCAAAUCCCAUCAUUGCUUUCACCGCCGGAACCUUUCUAUGCACCACUUUCUCUCGACCUUGAUAUUUCCUCAGAACCAUCCAUAAUAUCAAAUGAAACUAUUUUCCCAGAUACUUCACCAGCUUCCUCAAAACCUAAACCCGAACUCCGCAAACGCGAUGGAAACUGCCCCAGCAAUUACAACUCCUGUUCUACUUUGAGAGAUUCAUAUGGCGGUGCUUGUUGUCCUGCAGCCGCAGUAUGUUCAACAGAUGCUUCUCAUAAUAUAGCUUGUUGUGCAGUUGGCGCAUCAUGUACUGGUACUAUCGCAGUCGCAACUGCAACGAGUCCAGCAUCAGUUUCUGCGACUGCAACGGGAACAUUCGUCCCAAACGCUUAUUUUCCAUUCCCUAUCUUACCUACUAGCUAUGUCAACUCUGCAGCAUGUGCUAGCGCGACGGAUUCUUGUGCCAAGAAUUAUGCGCUAUGUACUGUUGAUCUCGAGGGAGGAAUGGGCGCGGGAAUCACAAUCUCGGCUGCAAAUGGCGGUGUUACUGUGGCUGCAAGCACCAUCAGUGGGGGAUGGCUGCCAGCAGCUAGUGCAGCAAGCGUCUGUCAGAGUUUGAGUAGUGUCGCUUGUGACGCUGUUGAAAGCGCUGGAUGUGCGCAAUUCGGUACGGGAGCCGCAACUGCUACCUUCGUCAUUGGGACUAAUGGAGUGGGCGCAAUGAUUCCAAGACCAACUAUGAUGAAUUGCCUGCCAUAUGCGGCUGCUGCGGCUGGAGUUAUGGGAUUGGUGAUUUGA